AGAACUAUAUAUCAUCUAUUUAGUUAUUUUUAAAAUAACAACAAUAUAUUAUCAUAUAUAAAAUAAUAUAAAAUUUUAUAUUUAUAAAUAAAAUGUUAUCUGCACGGUUGUGCAGGUUAAAAUCUAGUUUAGUAUAAAUGGAUAAUCAAAAUUUUGAUGGGUCACACGCUUUGCAUAACUUUCAAGUUGAUCAAAAAAAAAAAAACUUUGAAAAUAAUAAAUCUAUCAUCGGCCUAUAAAUUUUGGAAUCUUAAAUAUUAUGGGGGCCUUAUUUGGAAGUCAGUAGUAGACCGAUUACCCGGACCCGCUUCUGGAAAUACCAACGGAGGCAAAAGCCGAUUCCACGUUCAUCUCUGAAUCUCUCUCUCUCUGGGGAAAACUUUCGUUAAGAUUUGGUAGAAUCGUGAUGGGUUUAUCAAAAGGUAGAUUGAAAGCAUGGUUCAAUAAGAAAAUCACCGAUCCUCUCCUCCGGAUCUUGCGUAGAGGCACUGAGCCGAAGCAGCUUGCUUUCCCCGCCGCACUCGGUAUUACCUUGGGGAUAUUUCCCAUAUGCGGUGUUCCGUGUGGAGUAGCUAUUGCGUUUCUUGGAUCUGCUUGUCAUGCUCCUACCGUGAUGUUGGCUAACAUCAUUGCCACUCCAGCAGAACUUGCCCUCGUGGUGCCUUUCCUAAGACUUGGUGAGAAAGUCACAGGUGGACCUCAUUUUCCUUUGACAUCAGAUGCCCUGAAGAAGGUUUUCACUGGUCAAGCCUCCCAGCAAGUCUUUUUAAGCAUUGGUAAUGCGUUACUAGGGUGGCUUGUAGCAGCUCCAUUCUUCUUUAUUGCGCUGUACCUUGUGUUGCUUCCGUGUUUCAAGAUCCUUGGUCGCAAGUUUGGCGGCGAUGCUUCAACCCCCAAAAUACCAAUAAGUAUGGAGACGGAGCUCAACCCGAAGCCUAGAGUCGCUUAAGUUCAACAAGAGUUAGGGUUCUCAUUUUACUGCUAAUCAACACGAAACCCUUGAAUUGAGAUAAAUAGACGACCUAAUGUAUAGGGUUUACACGAUUGCAUUAUCAAAUCCUUACACUUUUGUUCAAAAACCUCUUUUAGAAACCGUCAGCAAAAUAUUUGAGGGUUACAUAUGAAUCAUUGUAUCAAACAUAAGCAUAAGUCCAUUUCUUGUGUUUUUUUUUUGUUCUUUGGUUAUGAAGUUGACAAUCAAGAUCUCAAAGAACGAAUCAAAACGAUUCAAAAAAGUCUAUUGGUUUGUGCCAGCCACGUACAUUGACAAAACUAAUAAGCAGAGCAAGAAGAUAACCCUGCGACACACCAACUCACUGUGUGCUUUGUAAUAACUCGGCUGAAUCUUGAAACCAUCUGUUUUUCUCCUGUGAGUACACUUCAUGGGCCUGGCGCAACCUCACGCUGGGUAUACUUCAAGGGAAUCACACUACGUUCUGGAAUGAGAUUGUUCAGUCUGUCUCGGUCAUGCAGCUUGAUUUCAAGUCGAAGGUGUGUGUUAGGUAUUCUCUGCAGGCUGCCAUCCGCAUGAUUUGGAGUAAACGAAAUAAUCGGCUUCACAGUGAAGCUUCCCGCUCUGCUCAAGUUCUACACAAACAGUUGGAUUAAAAUGUGACGAAUCGCCUUGUUCUACUAAGGUCUACGGACAACAAGAAACACGAAGGUCUUCUACAAUUUUGGUUUGGCACAAGAUUGUAAAACUGUUGUUAGACCCUAGCUAGCAUCUCAGCUUAUGAUGGACAGUUUUUUUUGGUGAAUAUAAUUUAACAAUCAUUUAAAAAAAGAAGAAGAAGACAACCCUGCAAUUCUCCGCGUCCAUGGAAACGAUCCAAGCGGAUGUGUUUCAUCAUCCGUAUUUUUAUAUUUAUGUUUAUUCUAUGAAACAUAUUGGCAUCCGUAAGAAUAUAAGUUCAAGCCUUUGCAACUGAGUGUCAAAAGGAUAUCCAUAACAUCUAGAAUCAUGGCAUAACUUCUCAACCGAGCUCAAUAAAUUUGCUAGACUCGUUUUCAUGCGUUCAAGUGUUGAUCAUUUAGCUAGGAAUAUUUAUUCUUUUCAUAGAAAUUUGUUUUUAUUUGUUUUAUCCUGUUUGACUUUCCAUUAAAAAAUAAAACGAUGUUUUGAUAUUAAAAUAUAUAUUUUUCCAUCAGCUGAUUUAUACUGUAAUUUAGAGCACUAGCAGUGGUAGUACUCAAAUACCAAAUCAGUCUCUUAAACAAUUAAUAUUGUAAAUUAAUCAAAAGCAUGAAAGAGAAAGCAGUAAAAAAAGAAUGUCAAGGUCUUCUCUUUAACGAGGGACUAUUAGAAAUACGUGAGAGACCACUUAAACACUUGUUAUUUUAUUACUUGUUCAAUUUUGUUUUUGGUUUUAAAAUUUGGGAAAGUUAGAGAAUUGGACUAUUUUAAGUUAUAAUUGGCAAAAUGGGCAACAUCAAGUUUAAAUUGGCAAAAUGGGAGACUUAAUAGGAAAGAGAAUAUUUGUUUGACUGUUUUAACAUUUAACAUUUAAAAUCGCAUUUGGGCUUAUAUUGUGGGCUAAUUUGCCCAACAAACUUGCGUAUAUGCACUCUUCUUUGCCCGGGAAACAUUUGCUCCACGCUGGAGGAAUGGGUAAAAAUGACUCGUUGGUUUGGAGAGCAUUAAUUGUGGUUAACUAAAUAAUUUGUUUUUGGAAAUUUGUCAAUAAAAGGCGAUGAACCCUAUCUCUUUGGAAAAGGAACAAUUUUGGAUUUGUUGCAGACAUUGGAGAAACAUGGUUGUAAAUUCGCAUUGGUGGUAUGACGAGCUUCAAAAAUUAUGACGAGAAAGGCAAGGCGAAGGUGGAUUGUGGCUGUACAUUCAGUAAAGGUAAUGAUUUCAUAUACCGGGCCCUAUUUUUUGUAGUUAGGCUUUUUAAUGGGCUUGUUAAUUUUUUUUACCUAGAUUAAUGUUGUAGCCUUUAGUAAUCAUGAAAUUUACAAUCUUACUAAUUUUGAAACAGUAAAGUUACCAGGUAAACAGAUAAAUAUCAAACUAAAACUUAUGUAAACAUUCGAUGUCUAAAGAAAAAGAAAGAUAGCUAGAU